CUGCUAAUUGGCAUUCACUGUCACACAAUCAAUUAACAGGCAGUGGUGGAAAGUAACUAAGUACUGAAUUUUAAUAUAAAUUUAAAUGUCAUUUAUUUAUUUACUUUAUAUUAGUUGUGUGUGUUUGACUGCAGCCUGCUGCUGCACAUCGUCAGCAGUGUGUUCGGUUUAGGAUAAUAAUGAAGUGUUGUCUUUAGCGUCCUCUCUUUGACGUCUACCUGUCCUCCCCUCCCAGACAACAUGUCGGUCUCCACGGUAACAGACUCGUACCCGUCCGUCGGCCGGACGGCGGUCUCUGUGAGCCCGGCGGGUACGAAUGUCACAAACUGGGAGCGCGACGCCCUUCUGGCGGCGGCCGAGGUCGUGGUGCUGGCUGUCAUCUUGGUGAUGGCACUGCUCGGCAACGGGCUGGUGUUGGUGGUGUUGCUGAGGCGGAGACGCCACCACAACCCGCUGCACCAGUUCAUGCUCAACCUCUGUCUGGCCGACCUGGUGGUGGCGCUGUUCCAGGUGCUGCCCCAGCUGGUCUGGGAUGCUAAAGGAUGUUUUCCCGGCCCUGACUUCCUGUGUCGCCUGGUGAAAUACCUGCAGGUCCUCGGGAUGUUCGCCUCCUCCUACAUGAUCGUCGCCAUGACGAUGGACCGCCACUACGCCAUCUGCUGCCCCCUGCUGGCGCAUCGCAGCGGCGCCACGCAACGCUGGAACACCUUCAUACUGCUGGCCUGGGGGCUGUCGCUGCUGCUCAGCCUGCCACAGGUCUUCAUCUUCUCCCGGUCUGAGGUGGCUCCAGGGGUCUACGAGUGUUGGGGCCACUUCGCUGAGUCCUGGGGCCUCAAGGCCUACGUGACCUGGAUGACCCUGUCUGUCUUCAUCCUGCCCGUCCUCAUCAUCACUGUCUGCCAGGUACGAAUCUUCAAGGAGAUCCACAACAACCUGUACCUGAAGACAGAACCUGCUCUGCAGCCUGACGUGCUGCCCGGUGCUGCAGCGCCCUCUGCUGCCCGCGGCCCCCCGCCCAGAGCCCCCCCGCCCAGAUCCCUCCCGGCCCGCGGCAGCGAGGUGUCGGCGGCCAUGUCGAAGACGGUGAGGAUGACGCUGGUCAUCGUGCUGGUCUACUCCGUCUGCUGGGCGCCGUUCUUCAGCGUCCAGCUGUGGGCUGCCUGGGACCCCGACACCCCCCACAACGGUGCAGUGUUCACCCUGCUGAUGUUGUUGGCCAGUCUCAACUCGUGCACGAACCCGUGGAUCUACUCGGCGUUCUCCAGCAGCGUCUCUCUGGAGCUCCGCCUCCUGCUGCUCUGUCACCGCCAAUCACAGCGCCGCGGCUCGUUACCCAACGACUCCACCGCCACACACACCUCCAACACACACACCUCCACCUACUGAACUACACACACACCUCCACCUACUGAACUACACACACACCUCCAACACACACACCUCCACCUAC